AUGGAAAAAAAGUCAUCCAUCUUCAAACCACUUGGAGGAAAAGAUAUACUUGACAAAAAGGUAAAAAAGAGUGGCAAGUAUGAUAAUAUAAAGUCAAGUUUAGAUACUGGUAAGACUAUUAGAGAUGUUGAAAUUAUGAGUGAUCAACUAGUUGCCAAAAAAAAGAAUGAGAAAUUUAAGAGAAUUAAGUGCUCUACUUUAGCAAAACUUCUUUAAGAAUAGACCUAUGAUGAAUCUGUUUAUAACUUAGGAAAUCAGAAUGAAAAUAUAUAUAACUUUGAUUAACGCUCACAGGUGUAGUCAAGUGUUAGUGGUCUAAGAAAUGAUCAUGAUGAUACUCAUUCAGUUUAUACUGUACAAACUGGAGUCUCUCAAGUCUCUGCAGUCACAUAUGCAACUGAGUAGUUAGGCAUAAAUUAAAACACUAAGUUCCUACUUCUUGAUUUGAGAGAUCCCGAAGAAUACUCUCUAUGGAGAAUCAGAGAGUCCAUUAACUUCCCAGCUCCUAAUAUUGCUAGAGAUAAAACAAUUCCAGAACUCUUUAGAUUUAGAAAUCAGCCUGAUAAACUAAUUAUAAUUUACUUGGGUGAUGAAAGAUCGGGCACCUAAUAUGCUGCCUUAUUUUUUGAAAAAGGUUAUGAGAACAUAUAUUUGCUUAGUGGAGGAUGCGAAUCUUUCUUAGAAGAAUUUCCAACCCUUUGUGAAGGUAGAGCUGUUCCUACACCAAAGCGAUAGAUGGAGGAAAAUAAGAAGGAAGCUAAAAUGGAGCUUACUAAGAAAAAGCAUGAGAAUUGUGUUACUGGAUAGAUUUAGAGGAGAUAUUGA